AUGCGUCUAACAGUUGUGAAUCCACAGGUGUGUGAUGAUGCGGUUGUGCUUCGUGCGGUAACAGGGGCUAUCACGGAACGGUGGUGGUACGAGCGCCUUGUGAAUAUGACGUACUCACCAAAAACCCGUGUUUUGUGCUUGUGGCGAAGGCAUGAAGGAAAAGUACACAUGCAUAAGUUCUACACAAGAAAGUGUCGAGAGCUGUAUGCCGCAAUGAAGGAGGCUAUGGAAAGGGCUGCUGCUCGAGGCAAAGUUGUCUUGUCUGGAAGAGAUUUAGGUGGAGAAUUUCCGAUCCAGGAAAUGGAAUCAAAUCAAGGCGGACUGUUGCAAGUGAGGAUCGAUGGCGUGGCUUUGCUGUUCGAAGAUCGACAGCACUUCAUUGAGCUGAGCAAUAUUAAAAAAUGCAAUACAUUUGGUGGCAAUGUAUUUGUUCUGGAAGAAUAUGUGGACUUCCCAGAUCAAGAAGUUAUUGAACUGGACUGUCCGGAAAAACACAAUUUGUUCUUUGGCUUCUGCAGCUGCGUCCAGCAGCACAUUUAUUGCAUUUAA